UCAAAAAGUUAUCAUCUGCCUUUGAUCAUUCAAAUUCUAUAAUGCACCAUUUGUUUGAAAAUGCAUUAGAAAUUAAUGAAAAAGGUAUUAAAAAUAUUCUUUCUUUUUAUGAGUCUGGUAAAUCAUACUUUCAACAAAUUCUUAUGCAAGAUAUAUACAAAACUGAAUCUCAGAUAUUACUUUCUGAUACUAGUCAUCUAAGAAAGAUAUGUCAUAUUACUACAAAUGCAGAAAAAGCUAUACUUGACCAAUUAUUUGAAUUUGAAGAAAAACCACCUGAAACUGCAAUAUUAAAAGUAUUAUUAGAGCUUCAAGCUAUCUUUUCAGAUUGGAUGGCUAAAAGAGUCAAACA